UUAGGGGAGCGCGCGUUGUCACUUUUCUACAAGCCUUUCAGUGUGAAGAGACAGCUUGUCUAGGUCCUCAUAGUUGAGGAAUCUCUAAGAGGUGAAGCUGGACCCAGAGCUACCUAUACAACUAAUCUUAUUAAAAUGUGUGGAAAUAAAGCAAUCUGAAGGAAAUUCAGGACUGCAGAAUUUACUGACUGAAAUACAUCGUUCUUAUUCAUACCAAGAAUAAAAGUGGUGAAGGACCAUUUUUUCCUGCUAAAAUCAGUAUGGAGGCAGAAGAAGAACAACAGCCAUGGAAGACAGACUUUUACUCAGAAUUGCCAAAAGUGGAACUUCAUGCCCACUUGAAUGGAUCCAUUAGUUCUAAUACCAUGAAGAAACUAAUAGCCAAGAAGCCAGAUCUUAAAGUCCAUGAUCAGAUGACUAUGAUUGACAAGGGAAAGAAAAGAACUUUAGAAGAAUGUUUCCAGAUGUUUCAAACUAUUCAUCAGCUUACUACUAGCCCUGAAGAUAUUCUAAUGGUCACAAAAGAUGUCAUUAAAGAAUUUGCAGAUGAUGGUGUCAAGUACCUGGAAUUAAGAAGCACACCCAGAAGAGAAAAUGCUACUGGAAUGACUAAAAAGACUUAUGUGGAAUCUAUACUUGAAGGUAUAAAACAGUCCAAACAAGAAAACUUAGACAUUGAUGUUAGGUAUUUGAUAGCAAUUGACAGAAGAGGUGGCCCUUCAGUAGCUAAGGAGACUGUUAAACUUGCUGAAGAGUUCUUCCUCUCUACUGAGAAUACAGUUCUUGGCCUUGAUCUCAGUGGAGACCCUACUGUAGGACAAGCAAAAGACUUUGUGGAACCUCUUUUAGAAGCUAAAAAAGCAGGUCUGAAGUUGGCAUUGCAUCUUUCUGAGAUUCCGGGCCAAAAAAAAGAAACACAGAUACUCUUGGAUCUGCUUCCUGACAGAAUCGGGCAUGGAACAUUUCUCAGCUCCUGUGAGGGAGAAUCCCCGCAUCUGGUAGACUUUGUGAGGCAGCACCGGAUACCACUGGAACUCUGUUUGACCUCAAACAUCAAAAGUCAGACAGUUCCAUCUUAUGAUCAGCAUCAUUUCGGAUUCUGGUACAGCACUGCCCAUCCUUCUGUGAUCUGUACGGAUGAUAAGGGUGUCUUUACAACACACCUUUCUCAAGAGUACCAGCUGGCAGCUGAAACAUUUAAUUUGACCCAGUCUCAGGUGUGGGAUCUGUCUUAUGAAUCCAUCAACUACAUCUUUGCUUCUGACAGCACCAGAUCUGAACUGAGGAAGAAGUGGAAUUACCUGAAGCCCAAAGUGUUACAUUUUUAAGUUGUAAUGAGGUGAACUACUUGUGAGCAUGUGUUGCAGCCAAGGUCUUCCUGCCAUAUCCCAUUUAAUAAACUGUCCAUUGCUCCCUUUGAAGCACAGCAGGUGAGUUCCAUAGGCUCCAUCAUCAGCACCUUACAUAUUACAGGUUCUUGGUAAAUAUGUGUCUUAAACUGACUGGCAGCCUCUGAGGUGUUACUUAGCUUACCUCUAGGCUGCUUACUGUAUGGGACCUUAGUGUUGUCGCUAACUUAACUCCUCAUUCCACCAGUGAUUAUUUUGACUUAGCAUUUCCUCCCCAUUAGUGAUCAUAAAACUUCAGGGAAAUUGAAGUCAUCUCUCAUCAGGAAAAGUUUUGGAAUUAUUAGUAUAAAUUAAGGAGAGGAAAAAAACAGAUUUCCAUCUAGACUUUUAAGCCUUCUAGCUUGUGACAAUGACUUUGUGUUUUGUUGUGCUUACUUUAAUAAGACUCCUUUUGCUGGCUUUAACUUUUUAAGGUAUUCCCCAAGACUGUUGACACCAGGCCACAUUGUAUUGAUUUAUGUGAGUGUCCAGUAGUCAGGGUUAAUCUACUUUAGAUGACCCUAGUGACAGAUAAAGUUAACUGCUGAGAUCUGACUUUGCUCUUCUUAAGAGUGUCCCAUCAAAAAGUGUUUUAAGGCACUGUUCCAAUAGUUCGCUGAGCGAUGACAAAGACAGAAACUGCUGCUGCUUUUCUUUCUAAAACAGCUUCUGUCAUGUUUUCUUUGUGGAGCUGCCAGUACUUUCUCCUCAUUCUUAAAGAUCCCUCUAGUAGUGGCAACAUUGAGGUAAUAAGGGUUCUUUGGGUUUUCUGUAAUACCACCUCUACAUGAUGGACCACUGGUGCAGGCUAACAAACUCACGCACAUACCAUGGUCACUUCAGCUGAAGAUAAAGAACAAAUCAAGAUCAGUUCUGAAUGGUAUGAAAAAGAAUUUAUUAGAUUUGAAGGUAUGCUUGAGUUACUUUGCUUCUUAGAAUGAAUAUUCUCCACUAGUAUCAAAGGAAGUUAAGGCCAAUGACACCCCUAACUUAAAUUACUAAGGGUUUCUCAAAAGUUUUCAAUUUGUCUUUUUGUGAUAUUGUAAAAUACGUAUUUGAUUUCCUGACAUAUACCUCUAAAAAUCCUUAGAAUCUCCAAAAUGAUGUUAUUCAUAUGCUAAUGAGUUGAGCUGGCAUCCCCUAGGGUAGCUUUAGGAUGGAGCUGGUUACUAAAAAAACCAAGGCAUGAUUGGAGGGUUGAGACUUUCAGCCCCUGCCCACAACUCUGGGAUGAGGAGAGGGGCUAAAGGUUAAGUCGAUCACCAAUGACCAAUGGUUUAAUAAAUCAUACCUACAUAAUGAAACUUCUAUAAAAUCCAAAAAGGACAGGUCUCAGAGAGGUUUCAGGUAGCUGAACAUGUGGAGGUUCCUAGAGGGUAGUACACCCAGGGAGGACAUGGAAGCUCCAUGCCCCUUCCUACAUGCCUUGCCCUAUGUAUCUCUUUGUGUGUAUUUUUAAAAAAUAUUCUUUAUAAUAAACUUGUAUAUGUU